AUGAGCUUUAGCUCCGGACCCAGGCAUGAGAAAUUGGCACAAAAAGUGGGUGCAAACUGUCCUAAAGACGACAUCACUGCAGCCACGAGUGGAGCGUACAUCCAGCUCCAGAAUGAUACCCGCAAGGCAUCGAUUGCACGCCGGAAGAGCAGAUGCAGACAUCCUUGGCCUACUCACGGCGGGGAGCCUGGACACAUGCAGCAGUCAAGCGGGGCGGAUGGCAAAGAGAGAGCCCUGAGCCAGAUACCGCAUGAGCCGUGCUUUCCGGCGGCGCGGCCCUGCUCGCCCCCUAUGGUCGGCGGGGGUUAUCCCAGCCUCAUGGUGACGGCCUCCAUGGUGACGGGAGCCCCCGCGCUGGUACCGAGCCGAUCACCUACACUGGCAAAGGCUUCACAAAGAACAGUCCGCCAG